AGGGAUGGCGUGAAAGACUGGCAGUGCGCGACUUUAGCGGCUUUCCUCUUCUACCGCAUUUGAUAUUCUGUCAAAGAUUAAAAAAAAAAAAAAAAAAAAGGGGGAAAGACGUACGCACGCAAAUUUAUCUGAGUAGAGACUUGGAAUACAAAUUUCAUAGACGUAAAAAGAAAAAAAGAAAAGUAAAACUGACACAACUCCCUUCAAAUUUGGAGAAACAACCAAAAAGGAAAACAUCAAACGAGGUGAUUGAAAGACAGAGAAAAACAGAUAAAUAGAGAGAGAGUGGCCGUUUAAACGGCCACCUCCACCUCAAACAACUUCUGGUUGGCCGCUAACGUGAUUAUUUCGUCCCUUAAAAACAACUCUCCAUUUCCAUUUCCAUUUCCAUUACUCUUUUUUUGUUUUUAAUCUUUCCGCCUACUCUAUUUUUUCUCGUGAAAACAAGAAGGAAAGGGAAACAGAACAGAAAUUCCAGAGAGGAGACAAAGAGGCAAAAAGUAAAGCAGAAAAAACUACCUUUUUUUUUAAAUACCCAAUUGAGCCCUUCAUCACUAUUGUGUUCCCAGCCUCUGUUUAUCUGAGCUGUGGUGUUCUGCAGGUAAAUUUGAUUUGUCAUUCAUUUCAUUCAUUUCUUCAAUACCCAUUUCGUAUACAUUUCCAGAUCUUCCAUGUUGCUCCUCUUUUUUGGGGUCUGGAAACUUGUUGAAAUUUUUUAUUUUUACCAUUAGAGAAAAAUUUUCCUUUGCUUCCUUGAUGCGAACAAAGAUGCAGCAUAAUAUAUUCACCACAAUGCGUAGUUUAAAGUUUAUAGAUGGAUGUAAAGGCACACAAGUUUAUGACCUUAACUCUACCGGCGAUGGUGGUGGGGAUCCCGCCGCCAGUGGUGGAGGUGGAGUCGGUGAAAAACUCUUCCACCAACUUCAAGACCAUCUUAGAGUUAAUUCGAUUCGAUCCAAAUCGAGUCGAAAUUACCAAGCUUCUAACAUGACCCCUGCUGUUGUAACUGAAACCCUGCUUCCUUAUGGCCUCCCUGUCUCCGAUCUCCUUGAACCCCAGAUUGAACCAUGCCUAAAGUUCGUUGAUUUUAUGGAAACUCUUGCUGAUGUGUACCGUAGGAUUGAGAAGUGUCCUCAAUUUGAGAAAUCAAGAAUGUAUCUCGAACAAUGUGCAAUCUUUAGGGGCUUAUCAGAUCCGAAACUGUUCCGGCGGACCCUUCGGUCUGCCAGGCAGCAUGCCGUGGAUGUGCAUUCCAAGAUUGUGUUAGCAGCGUGGUUGAGGUAUGAGAGGAGGGAGGACGAGCUUGUUGGCACAUAUUCAAUGGAUUGUUGUGGACGAAACAUUGAGUGCCCUAAGGCUACCUUGGUAGCUGGUUAUAAUCCAGAAUCUAUUUAUGAUCCUUGUAUUUGUUCUAGGACCCCUCGAGGGGAAUUCGAGGAUGAUUCUUCAAUUGUGUAUGAGGAAUGUUCCACUUCUGAUGAUGAUGGGGAUAUGUCAUUUUGUAUUGGAGAUGACGAGAUCAAGUGUAUAAGGUCCAAUAUUGCUUCGUUAUCAACACCAUUUAGGACAAUGUUGUAUGGUGGUUUCAGGGAGUCAAGAAGAGAGAAGAUAAAUUUUACCCAGAAUGGUAUUUCUGUAGAGGGAAUGAGAGCUGCUGAGGUAUAUAGCAGGACAAAAAGAUUAGAUUCUUUUGGUCCACGAAUUAUUUUGGAGCUUCUUUCUUUCUCAAAUAGGUUUUGUUGCGACAAUUUGAAGUCUGCUUGUGAUGCUUAUUUAGCAUCUUUGGUAAAUGACAUGGAAGAUGCACUGUUGUUAAUUGAGCAUGGAUUGGAGGAAAAUGCGCAUCUUCUUGUGGCAGCUUGCUUGCAGGUUUUCUUGAGGGAGCUCCCAAAUUCGAUGCACAGUCCUAAUGUGAUGAAAAUUUUUUGUAGUCCGGAUGCAAGGGAAAGAUUGGCUCUAGUUGGGCAUGCUUCCUUUUUAUUGUAUUACUUUUUGUGCCAGAUUGCAAUGGAGGAAGAUAUGAAAUCUAACACUACUGUGAUGCUGCUAGAGAGGUUGACGGAGUGUGUGACAGAAAGGUGGGAGAAACAACUUGCGUAUCACUUGUUAGGUGUUGUGAUGCUUGAGAGAAAAGAGUACAAAGAUGCUCAAAGUUGGUUUGAGGCAGCUUUUGAGUCUGGUCAUAUAUAUUCGUUAGUAGGUGUUGCAAGGGCCAAGUUCAAGCGUGGCCACAAGUAUUCGGCAUACAAGUUGAUUAACUCACUCAUUUCAGAUUCUAAGUCAGUUGGAUGGAUGCAUCAGGAACGUUCUCUGUAUUGUGUUGGGAAGGAGAAGAUGUUGGAUUUAGAAAUGGCUACAGAAUUGGAUCCAACCCUUCCUUUUCCAUACAAAUACCGGGCUGUUUCAUUGUUGGAGGAAACUAAGAUUGGAGCAGCAAUCUCAGAAAUUAAUAAAGUAAUCAGUUUCAAGGUAUCCCCGGACUGCCUUGAGUUACGGGCCUGGAUUUUGAUUGCCAUGGAGGAUUUUGAAGGAGCUCUUAGAGAUGUCCGGGCACUUUUGACUUUAGAACCAAAUUACAUGGUGUUUCAUGGAAAAAUGCAUGGUGACCACUUGGUGGAGCUCCUGCGUCCUCUUGUUCAGCAGUGGAGUCAGGCUGAUUGCUGGAUGGAAUUGUAUGACCGGUGGUCUUCUGUUGAUGAUAUUGGUUCCUUAGCUGUUGUACACCAUAUGUUGGCAAAUGACCCUGGAAAGAGCCUCCUAUGGUUUAGGCAGUCUCUCCUCCUUUUAAGGUUAAAUUGUCAAAAGGCUGCAAUGCGUAGUCUACGGUUGGCUAGAAACCAUUCUACUUCAGAACAUGAAAGGCUCGUUUAUGAAGGAUGGAUAUUAUACGACACUGGCCACCGUGAGGAAGCACUGGCCAAGGCAGAGGAGUCAAUCUCCAUCCAGAGAUCAUUUGAAGCUUUCUUUCUUAAAGCAUAUGCUUUAGCAGAUUCUAGUCUUGAUCAAGAGUCCUCAGUAUAUGUUAUUCAACUUCUGGAGGAAGCUCUUAGAUGCCCUUCAGAUGGCCUUCGGAAAGGGCAAGCAUUGAAUAAUUUAGGUAGUGUGUAUGUAGACUGUGAAAAGCUAGAUCUCGCUGCUGAUUGCUACAUGAAUGCACUCAACAUCAAGCAUACACGAGCACAUCAGGGUCUAGCACGGGUAUUCCAUCUCAAAAAUCAGCGUAAAGCUGCAUAUGAGGAGAUGACAAAGUUGAUAGAGAAGGCACGCAACAAUGCUUCAGCAUAUGAGAAGCGUUCGGAAUAUUGUGAACGUGACAUGGCUAAGAGUGAUCUUAUUAUGGCAACACGAUUAGAUCCCUUGAGGACAUAUCCUUACAGAUACAGGGCAGCAGUUCUAAUGGAUGAUCAUAAAGAAAAUGAAGCUAUAGCAGAGCUCACAAAAGCUAUAGCUUUCAAGCCAGAUCUGCAGCUAUUACAUCUUCGAGCUGCUUUCUGUGAUUCAGUGGGUGACUAUAUAUCCGCUGUUAGAGAUUGUGAAGCAGCUCUAUGUCUUGAUCCCAACAAUACUGAUACUCUUGAGCUAUAUAAUAAAGUCCGUGAGCAGGUUAAAGAACAGAAGUGAGAAAAGUCGAAUCCCCAUGAUCAUUUCAUCUCUUCAUCGUCUACUAUGGGCAAACUGAUUUUUGCCAUCCUUUAAUCUUCCAAAUAUUUUUGUUAAAUUACCAGGAAGGGCACCAUUGUUUAUGGAUUUUGUCUCUGGGAAAUUCAGAAGCACCGCCAUGGCCUUGGGAGGAGCAGAAUUAGGAGGAAAGAAAAAGGACUUGUUUGGUUUAAUGAGAAAGGAGGAAAGAAGUAAAGGGGAACCGGGGAAGAUAGCUUGUAAAUAUUUGUUUUCUGUCUCAAGGAUUGGACCAAUCAAUGAUAUAAAUAGUCCAGGCAGGCAUGCGACUGAUGCUGCUACUGCCCUAUGUAUUUCUCUGGCAAGGUUGGUGCCAAUUCUACAGGCAUAACAAUCAUGUAAAUGAAACUGCAGAAGUCUAUAGAUUUUACACUGUUGGCUUUUUUGCUAUACCUUAAGUAUUCUAACUCUUCUCAUCCUUAAUGUUCUAUUGUUGUUCGAGCUUGAAAUUUUCCCUUAAAAAGGGUUCCUUUCAAACAGUUUUAGACUACAGUUAUAUUUGAGAUCCCCUGCAUAGUCCAAGUGUAUGCGUUCUACUUGUUUCAAGACUUGGUCCGGACCCGAUCUACGGUCCUAAGCCCUUUGUUAAAAAGCACUUAUUAUAUUUUGCAAUUUUCUUUCUUUAUUUUCCGCCCAUAUGAAGAGUCGAGGAACUGUUAAACCAAAGUAGUACUAGUAUCAAUGGGAUAUUCGAACCAUAAGCAUUUGAUUUUUCACUUCUCAGAUGUUAUCUUCCAAUCCCAAGUUUAAGAAUCAUUUGGAGUAUUAUUCUUUGAUUUUAAUUUUAAAGAGAGGAAAAUCGGGACAAUUAGUGCACAGCCUUUCAAAGCCCAUGGGCCCAAUAGCAUUACCUAACCCGCUGGGGGGAGCGUCGCACGUGGUAGAUUUCAAAAAUCUAGGGUUUUCGUGUGGGUGACCCGGGCA